GUUUUGAAGUUUGUGUUUGGUUUUUAUUUAGGCCAUAGACAUUGCUGCUGUUACUACAUUUUUGCUGGAGUCACACCCAUCUCUGACAAGAUCUGAUGAUAGUGAGAAUUCUAAAAAUGCUGAUGAUGAAAUGACCGGUGAAGAUGAAGUCAUGAAAGUAGCUUUGGAUAGGAAAUUGAAUCAACAAAUUUGUAACGCCAUAGAUACUCGCUUCCUUUUGCAACUGACAAAUAUAUUGUUUAGAGAUUUUUCAUCUGUCAAUGGUUCAGAUCAUGAACCAAAUGAUAGGGAGGUUGCAGCUGUUGGUGCAGUUUGUGGAUUUUUAUAUGUUGUCUUCAACACAUUGCCACUUGAAAAGAUUAUGACUGUGCUUGCCUACAGAACUGAACUUGUUCCUAUACUUUGGAAAUUUAUGAAACGGUGCCACGAAAAUAAAAAAUGGUCAUCUUUGUCUGAACGGUUAUCAUACCUCUCAGGUGAUGCUCCUGGUUGGCUGUUGCCUCUUGCUGUAUUCUGUCCUGUCUACAAGCACAUGCUCAUGAUAGUUGAUAAUGAGGAAUAUUAUGAGCAGGAGAAACCACUAUCACUGAAGGAUAUUAGAAGCCUUAUCAUUUUGUUAAGGCAGGCUCUGUGA